UGGGUGGCAUGUGAGUGCCUCUUCUGCCAAGAAGCCAACUUGCUGUUUGAAGAGCUCUCCAGGGACACAGGCUUCAUUUGUGUCUGUUACGAUCGUUCAGCGUGAGUGGAUGCCAGGGGGCCUCUGGAAUUAACCUUGUACAGGCGUCAUGAGAGGAUCUGCGCCAGUGCCUGUGUCCUCGUGGAAAAAACAAUAAUAGCUCCACAUACGGUAGGCUCCUGGAAGUGCCAACUCCCUAGAUCUCCUCCAAUGCAGGCUCAGGGAUGGACUCCACCUUGUCCCCGUGAAGAGACUCUGCAUGCUCUCAGUAGCCAGAAGGGAAAUCUCCUACCAGCUUCUUCACAAGCUGCUCCACAGCAGGACCUGUUCAGCAACGCCUCAGGAGACUACCCAUUCAGACAGUUGUUUUGCUACAGUACCCACUGCAAACCCACGGAGGAACCUAGGUAUAUGUUCCAUCUUUCCUGAGCUCUUCAGCCCAAGCUGUCUGAACUCACCUGGGCUCCUGACAGUCUGUUUGCUUGUCUUCCCAGCCACUUUUCCUGAUCCUGUUGCGUUCCCUCCCUCGCAGAGCCCCAAAAGGAUGUGAACUUUGGAAUGGGGUCUGUGAGCAGCUGCAGACUCAGUGCAUGUGUGAGACUAUUGCUGAAUAACAGGAGGACUGGUUAAUCACUGCGGGCAGCCUUCCCCUCUGGCUGCAGGGUUGCAGGGCACCAGCCUUGCCUGGGCCCUUCACCAUGUUCCUCCUGCUCCCUUUUGACAGCCUGGUUGUUAACCUGUUGGGGAUUUCCUUAACUGUCCUCUUCACUCUGCUUCUGGUUUUCAUCAUUGUGCCAGCAAUUUUUGGAGUCUCCUUUGGCAUCCGCAAGGUUUACAUGAAAACAUUAUUAAAGAUUUUUCAGUGGGCAACGCUGAGAAUAGAGCGUGGUGCCAAGGAGAAGAACCAUCCGUUAUACAAACCCUAUGUCAACGGUAUCAUUGCAAAGGAGCCUACGUCACUGGAAGAGGAGAUCAAGGAGAUCCGCCGGAGUGGCAGUGGCAAAGCCCUGGACACACCUGAGUUUGAGCUCUCAGAUAUCUUCUACUUCUGCCGCAAAGGCAUCGAGACCAUCAUGGAUGAUGAAGUGACCAAGAGGUUUUCAGCUGAAGAGCUGGAGUCCUGGAACCUCCUCAGCAGGACCAACUACAACUUCCAGUAUAUCAGCCUGCGCCUCACUGUACUCUGGGGACUAGGCAUGCUCAUCCGCUACUGUUUCCUUCUGCCCCUCAGGAUAGCCCUGGCCUUUACUGGCAUCAGUUUGUUGGUGACUGGUACUACAGUGGUGGGAUAUUUGCCAAAUGGAAGGUGUAAGGAGUUCCUGAGCAAGCAUGUCCACCUGAUGUGUUACCGGAUCUGUGUGCGUGCCCUCACAGCCAUCAUCACCUACCAUGACCGAGAAAACAGACCCCGAAACGGAGGUAUCUGCGUAGCCAAUCACACAUCCCCCAUUGAUGUGAUCAUCCUAGCCAGCGAUGGCUACUAUGCGAUGGUGGGCCAGAUCCAUGGAGGGCUCAUGGGUGUGAUACAGAGAGCUAUGGUGAAAGCUUGCCCCCACGUCUGGUUUGAACGCUCUGAGGUCAGAGAUCGUCACCUCGUCGCCAAAAGGCUGACAGAGCAUGUCCAGGACAAGAGUAAACUGCCUAUUCUUAUCUUCCCUGAAGGAACCUGCAUCAACAACACAUCUGUGAUGAUGUUCAAGAAAGGAAGCUUUGAAAUUGGAGCCACAGUUUAUCCUGUAGCCAUUAAGUAUGACCCACAGUUUGGAGAUGCCUUUUGGAACAGCAGCAAAUAUGGCAUGGUGACCUACCUCCUUAGGAUGAUGACCAGCUGGGCCAUUGUCUGCAGUGUCUGGUACUUGCCCCCAAUGACCAGGCAGCCUGAAGAGGACGCUGUCCAGUUUGCCAAUCGAGUGAAAUCAGCUAUUGCCAGGCAGGGAGGCCUUGUGGAUCUGCUCUGGGAUGGAGGUCUGAAGAGGGAGAAGGUGAAAGACACGUUUAAGGAGGAACAACAGAAACUCUACAGCAAAAUGAUUGUAGGCAACCAUGAAGACCGGAGCCGCUCCUGAGCCCUCUGCCUUCAGCACUGUUACUGGACCUGGCCAGAGUCCUCGCCUCCAGUGCUGGCCAGCGCUUGUCUGGAGCAGCUCUGUAUCUUUGGACUGUGGCUACACUGGAGCUGCUCGGACUUUCUCCUUCAUUCUCUGACUUUUUCCCGGAGGCACUAUUGCUGCCUGGAGUCUUUAGGCCCUGGGCAGCUCUUGGCAAAGAUGCCUUCUUGUUACUGUUACAGUGAAGCCUCUUGCAGGGGCAAUAUUAAAUGAAACACUUAUGAUGUCA